AUGGUCAUAUUGGCCAAGUCUGGGCUCCGUCCCCAUGCUGCACCAGUGACUUUACCCAGUCGUCAUUCUGCCAAUAUCUCUGACACCUCUUCGCGUGUCUUAACUAAUCUAAAACAAGCCCUUAAAAGAGUGACUCAUUUGUCCGGCAUGCGUAACCAGCAUUUAUCAGCUUUGGAGGCCGCUUCUACACUUACGACUCCGAAUGAGGGCCUUUCUGUUGAUGCGUUCCGGCGCAUCCUUGUUGUCGGCUCUGCACACAUUUCGAGACCCCAUGAUGUUGUGGUUCAUCCAACUGAAAGUUUGGUGUUCUGGCUCGAUGAACCAAUUACUUGGCCAUUACCCUCAAGCCCUCUGGACCAGCCUGCCUCGCCAGGGUCUAUCCGGUUGGUUCGAGUGGGCUUCGACGGUCUUCAGCCCACAGUCAUCUGGUCUGGUCCUGGGCAAGCCAAUAGUCUUGCUCUGGAUUGUGCAACUGAUGGUCGUGCGCAUCGUCUCUACUGGAUAAACUCUCUCACAAUGAAAUUGGAGUCUGUCGAUUUGAAGGGUAAAUCAUUCCUUGCUUGGAUCAUUCAGCUGCCAGAUCCACCUUCCUUAUUCAUGCCAGACUUGUCGAGCUCCAGCUCACCAGCCCAGAGUGCUUCAGCCCAAGCCAAAAAACGACGAUUUACACCAUACGCCCUUGACGUAUUCAACGGAGAGCUGAUCUUUUCAGAGGUUAAUUGA